AUGUCCACAGUGCUGAACCUGGGUGUUGAACCUGGGGUAGUUGUCUAUAGUGCUGAACCUGAGGUAAAUGUCCAUAGUGUUAAACUUGGGGAGGAUGUCCAUAGUGCUGAACUUGGGGUAAAUGUCCAUAGUGCUGAACCUGGGGUAGAUGUCAAUAGUGCUGAACCUGGGGUAGAUGUCCAUGGUGCUGAACCUGGGGUAGAUGUCCAUGGUGCUGAACCUGGGGUAGAUUUCCAUAGUGCUGAACCUGGAGAAGAUGUCCAUAGUGCUGAACCUGGAGAAGAUGUCCAUACUGCUGAACCUGGAGAAGAUGACCAUAGUGCUAAACCUGGGGUAGAUGUCCAUAGUGCUGAACCUGGGGUAGAUGUCCAUACUGCUGAACCUGGGGUAGAUGUCCAUACUGCUGAACCUGGGGUAGAUGUCCAUACUGCUGAACCUGGGGUAGAUGUCCAUACUGCUGAACCUGGGGUAGAUGUCCACAGUGCUGAAGCUGGGGUAGAUGUCCACAGUGCUGAACCUGGGGUAGAUGUCCACAGUGCUGAACCUGGGGACUACGUGAAUCCCAUGGAUGUGGGGCAAAAGACAGUGAACAGCCCGGAGGGGGCCGCCCCAGGACUCAUGGGGGCUGCAGGAGUCACCCAGCACAGCCCAGACAAUGAUGUCCCCCUUCAAGCCUCCUCCAAACUGGCCAGGUUGUCCCAAUCUACUUCCAAUGACAACAAAGGGUUUGAGGAGUCCAAGGCCAGCGCUCUGGAGAGGUCUAGAACUGGGGGGUCCUGUAAGAUCAUCACCCCCAGUCACGGGAACUUUGUCAUAAGAAAGGACUCUGCAGAUGGAUUUCCAUUGAAGGCUUCAAACAUGACUGACAGCAACGGGCAGAGCAACUCGGUGCCAUGCAGGAUCGUGCCCCUCCAGAGCACAGAGGGGGGCGCCAACCAGAACUAUGGGAUAACCAGUCUGGAGCAGAACAACGCCAAGGGGGGCUGGGUGCCCAUGAACCAGAGCACCGUCAUCCUGGGCACAGAUGGCAGCACCUCUGUCCUGUCCGGCAACCUCAGCGGGGAGGAUGAAGGGGAUGAGAAUAAAGUGCGAGGAAACUGGUCCAAUAAACUGGAUUUCAUCCUGUCUAUGGUGGGCUACGCGGUGGGCCUGGGCAAUGUCUGGAGAUUUCCCUACCUGGCAUUCAAAAAUGGCGGAGGGGCUUUUCUCAUUCCCUACUUGACAAUGUUGGCUUUAGCUGGGAUCCCCAUUUUCCUCCUGGAGGUGUCACUUGGACAGUUUGCCAGUCAGGGCCCCAUCUCUGUGUGGAAAGCCAUUCCUGCAUUACAAGGCUGCGGGAUUGCCAUGUUGAUUAUUUCCGUUCUGAUCGCCAUAUACUACAACAUCAUCAUGUGCUACACCCUCUUCUAUCUCUUCGCCUCACUCGUGUAUGUCUUACCGUGGGCGUCUUGUGAUAAUCCGUGGAAUACACCGGACUGUAAAGAUAAAAACAGACUUUUACUGGAUUCCUGCCUCAUUGGGGACCAGCAAAAAAUUCAAAUCAAGAACAGCACGUUCUGUAUGACCGCCUAUCCAAACUUGACCAUGGUGAACUAUACCAGCCACGGCAACAAGACCUUUGUCAGCGGGAGUGAAGAAUACUUCAAGUACAAUAUGCUGAAGAUUUCAGCCGGCAUCGAGUACCCCGGUGAAAUCCGCUGGCCGCUCGUCUUUUCUCUCUUCCUGGGCUGGGUCAUCGUCUAUGCAUCACUCGCCAAAGGAAUCAAGACAUCGGGAAAGGUUGUGUAUUUUACAGCCACUUUUCCUUAUGUGGUACUUAUCAUCCUCCUCGUCCGAGGGGUCACCCUACCUGGGGCAGGAGCUGGCAUCUGGUACUUCAUCACCCCAAACUGGGAGAAGCUGAAAGAUGCCAUGGUUUGGAAGGACGCAGCUACACAGAUUUUCUUCUCUCUGUCGGCAGCCUGGGGAGGUCUGAUCACCUUGUCAUCUUACAACAAAUUCAACAAUAACCUGUAUCGGGACACACUGAUUGUGACUUGCACCAACAGUGCCACAAGUAUUUUUGCCGGUUUCGUCAUAUUUUCUGUUAUCGGCUUUAUGGCGAACGAGCUGAAAGUAGAUAUUGACAAAGUUGCUGAUCAAGGUCCCGGUAUUGCUUUUGUCGUGUACCCGGAGGCUCUGACCAGGCUGCCGCUGUCCCCAUUUUGGGCGAUAAUAUUCUUCCUUAUGCUUCUAACAUUAGGACUGGACACAAUGUUUGCUACAAUUGAAACAAUUGUAACUUCGGUUACUGAUGAGUUUCCCAAGUAUCUACGGACCCACAAGCCCCUCUUCACCUUGGUCUGCUGUAUUUGUUUCUUCAUCAUGGGAUUUCCGAUGAUAACUCAGGGGGGGAUCUACAUGCUGCAGCUCGUGGACAAUUAUGCCGCUUCAUAUUCGCUUGUAAUAAUUGCAAUCUUUGAGCUGGUGGGAAUUUCCUAUGUGUAUGGCCUGCAGAGAUUCUGUGAAGACAUAGAGAUGAUGAUUGGAUUUCAGCCGAAUCGCUUCUGGAAGAUUUGCUGGGCUUUCGUCACGCCGACUAUUUUAACUUUCAUCCUAUGCUUCAGCUUCUACCAGUGGGAACCAAUGACUUAUGGAACCUACCACUACCCAGGGUGGUCCAUGGUCCUCGGGUGGCUGAUGCUGGCCUGCUCCGUCAUCUGGAUUCCGAUCAUGUUUGUCAUCAAAAUGUAUCUGGCACCCGGCAGCUUUAUUGAGAGGCUGAAGCUGGUUUGCUCUCCACAGCCAGACUGGGGUCCGUUCCUUUCUAAACACCGUGGAGAACGUUACAAGAACAUGAUAGACCCAUUGGGUACCUCCUCACUUGGCCUGAAGCUUCCUCCUAAGGAUAUGGAGCUAGGAACACAAUGCUAGUAUAUAUGGUGUCUGUACCUCUGUCGUACAGGCUCCCUACAUUCCUCAUAAUGUCCGUCUCAUUCUGCUUCCUUAUCCAACAGUGCAGGUGGCCUCUUAGAUAAACAGUAGAUCCAUUGUUGCAUGCUGUAGCCAACACCUAAAUCGACCGCCUUGCACAUUUCUUGCUUCUCUAUAGUGUCCACAACCUUUCGUUUGACUGCCAAAUAUCAGCAGUGCCUCUGACGAUGAUUGUCCAGCUGCAGUAAGUAAUAUUAUUUUAUAGAGAAAAGUAGAGUAGUUGUUCCUGUCGUUAUAUGAGAAUAUUAUAUAGAGUGUGAGCCAAUCUAUUGUUAAGCAAAGAAAUUUCAUUAUUUAUUCCAUCGACGAUGGGUAAAACCCAAAAAUGCCUCACUCCUCAUUAGCCCAGAGUAGUUCCUCUAUGGAUACAUCUCUGAAAUGUCUAUCAGGUUGGAGAUCCAAGUCAUAUCUAAAAGUGGUAAACUCAAGUGAACCAGACUUCCUCGAGAUAUUCCACCACUAAUUUGGUGGCUUCAUCAGGUCAAAUUAGUGGUAUGAACGUUCUCCCUGCAUGUAUUUUUUUGCAAAGGUCGGGUCAACAGAUGAA